AUGAGUAAAGUGGCGCGACUGGGAAGGAGAAUUCUGGUGAGCGGAAGACGCUUCGACAGUCGACGGACAGCCGUCGGAAUGCAAUGUAAGACAUUUGAAAGUUUGAAUUUAUUAUCUGAUGAACGGGUAGGUCGAUGAAACCAGUUGAAAGGAGAAGAAAAGAUUGAUGCGUCUGCAGACUUCAGAACCAAAAGUGACAAGGCUAAAUGUACUCAAAUGAAGGUCAAAGUGCGCCGUUUGAUUUCUUUCCUCCGAAAUAUUGAAUAAUUUCGAAGAAAACGAACUCAUUUUCACGGAGAUUUUGUGCUGACAGUCUAGAAAAGUGUAAAAAGAUAUGACGGUUUACUGAAAGAGAUAAGGAUUGUAUAAAACAAGUGAUCACUCGACCUUUUCACAUGGUGUGAUACCACUUCUGGUGUUUUGAAGAUUAUGACUUUCGUCACCUCACUUUCACCUUUCCAGAUAUCUUGGGAAAUUCGCUUUUUGCCCGUUGAAAGCCAUCAUGAAUUUUCCGCAUUUCUCAGAGUGUUCCGUCAUAAGUGGGACUCAUACUUUUUAGAUCGUAAACUAACCCAUCUCUCGUCUCCCGCUGUUUUCUCCGAAUUUCCUUCCAUCUCCGUUCUCGCAUCAGACUUUAGUCUCGGCUGCUCUAGACCAGACACAAACUCCUUCUCGACAAGUAUCUGCCGCUGAUCCAUGCGCCUCUCCCUCUCCUUCUCUGCUUCUCUUCAUCCCUCAAUUCUCUCUCUUCUUUAUUUUCUCUGCGUCUCUCACACGUUGCACACUCUCUCGUCUUCUCCUCGCUUUGACACAUUGCUCCCUUUUCGCUUCUCCUCCAAAAAAUUUUGCGACGUUUUUCGUAUUUCGCGUCUUCUCGUCUGCUGCCCCACCGAAAUGUCUUCUGGGAGUACUUUUCAAGGUAAGCAAGGCGGAAAAGAAACGAAGUUUUGGUUGACGGUCAUCAGAAUCCGAUUCCAGAAGCUUCUGACGGUCCAAAUGGCGUCGGCUCUCCGGAAACCGGCCAGAUUUCGAACGUAUGUUCUGGAAUAAUCAUUUGGACGUUAACUUUUUUGUGUGAUUGAGAUUCCGAUUGAGAAGAUAUUCGAAUUCCAUUUAUAUCAAUCUAAAUUCUCUGAAAUAUUAUGCGAAAAUCGGAGUGAGCAACUCAACGUAGAAAACAUUGAUGAGCUUUUAAAUUUUAUUUCUGAGUGUGCUGUAGGUUACGGGAAGCAUAAUAUUUAAAUGUGCGUGAGCUUUUCAUUUCCUAGCCGAUGCAAUGGGACAGAUUUUCACAGUUUUCCGAGAUUCCACUGACAAUUUUGGCGAUACUUGUAAGUUUUGGAGUCGUCUUUUUUUCUAUUCUGAUAAGCGCUCACCUCUUCCAUUCGAGACCCCCAGACUGUCUGCAAAAUGUGCUGAAAAUGCAGUUUCAGACAUAAUUUGCACACCUUUCGCCGUUGAUAAGAUAACUCAAACGGGCAACUCGGAAAAGAAUGAUUAAAUUUGCGAUUCGAUGAGCUCCCGCCCCUGAAACGGUGUGUUUAUCAGUUGAAAAGGGAGAAUCCUUUGCCUUUCCUUGCACUGAUAACUCCCUUAAUUCCAUUACUCUGACGACGUCACAAAGGAAUCGUACAGUGAGAACAAAGAGCCGAUCGUAAAGUGGCACUGAUAGCAAGUCCUUACAGCGCCGGUUUGUCGCCGAAAGAGUACAGUGGCUGAGCACUUACUCGUUAUCGCUUCUGAUUUAUAAUCGGAGCACACGGAACCGACUGAAUAAAAGGGCGCUCCGACGACCAGUUAGUCGGAACAUUUCUUUGCCGAAAGGCUUACGCUCGCUUCCAGUUCUCUGCCGCCCGGCCCUCUUCAGUUACACUUCUUGUCGGUGACAACACUCAGAUCGUCUGAGAUACCGUCGAGAGAUUGUAAAUCUUUACUUUUUGCAGUGAACGGCGAAAGGUGAAAAGACAAAGUAGGCGGGGUCUCAGAUAACUAUAAAGUUGUCGAGAUUCGAGGCCAAAAUCUCUUCUUUUCGUUUCACUUUCACAACAAUCUCUCUUAGGCCUUUGGACUCAUCGGCGUUGAUGAAAACAGUCUUCUCGGAAUCAAACAUCGUCUCACUUACUAGUUCAGAUCCAUUUUACUGCUGACCCUGUCUGACCUCGAUAGAGUCCCGUCCGUACGUGUUCAUGCCCUUCACGUUGUCUCGAGUUCGCAUUCUUUUCAUUCAAGUAUGCACACUCUUUUUCAUUGAGAAAAAACCGGUUCACUUGAGAAAACUCUGUCAGGAAGUAGUAUAAUAGAAUAGCCAUCUGAAUCGCACUCAUCCAUUCUAACCGUCCCUGAUCAUUGCGCAUUUCCGAAUGAAUCAGACAGACUCCAGUGAGUAGACGUACUUUUGGCGCCUUCUGUCCUCUUAUCACUGAUGCCUUAUCAAUUCGCUUCUAUUUUCAGCCGAAACGCUCACCGACACUCCGUUGGCCCCUUCGCUCGACCAGUCCCAAUUCGCCAUGUUCAAAGCCACCGAAAUCGUAGUCGCUGCGGCCGCCAGUGCUGAGGCUGAAGUUUUCGAGGAGCUGAAGAAAAAUGACGUCGUUCCACGGCUGAUGAAGUUCCUGCUCGACCAGGAAAAUAUUAUCGUAGGCGACCCGACAACCGUUAGCAACAAACUACGCAAGAUGGUGCUCGGAGGCGCCGGAAAGACUGUAGUGAUCAGUGACUUUGAUUACACGCUCUCUCGAUUCGAGAACGAAGAGGGGGAGCGACUGUCGACGACGCACGGAGUGUUCGACGACAACGUGAUGCGUCUGAACCCGGAACUCGGACAAAAGUUCAUUGAUUUGAAGAAAAAGUAUUAUCCGAUCGAGUUCUGUCCGAAAAUGACGCAAGAAGAAAAGAUCCCACACAUGGAGAAAUGGUGGGGAACAUCGCACGGCCUGAUCAUCAACGAACGCUUCUCGAAGACCACCAUCGAGGAUUUCGUCCGGCAAUCGCGCAUUGUCUUUAAAGACGGUGCCGAAGAUUUCAUUCAGUCACUCGACGGCCACAACGUCCCGCUCGUCAUCUUCUCAGCCGGAAUCGGCAACAUCAUCGAGUACUUCCUGCAGCAGAAGCUUGGCGCCAUUCCUCGCAACACCCACUUUAUCUCCAACAUGAUUCUGUUCGACGAGGACGACAAAGCGUGCGCCUUCUCCGAGCCGCUCAUUCACACCUUCUGCAAGAAUUCGUCCGUCAUUCAGAAGGAGACGUCGUUCUUCCACGAAAUAGCCGGACGGUAAGCUUUCUGAUUUCAGCUUUCUCAUUCGUCGAACUCUGAUUUUCAGCGUCAACGUCAUCCUUCUUGGCGAUUCGAUGGGCGACAUCCACAUGGACGUCGGAGUGGAGAGGGACGGACCGACGCUCAAAGUCGGAUACUACAACGGAUCGGUAAGAGAAUGCGUUUUGACCGCAACUGACGUCUUCUUCUGAAUUUCAGCUCGAUGACACGGCGGCGAUGCAGCAUUACGAGGAGGUCUACGACAUUGUCCUCGUGCACGAUGCCACUCUCAACGUGGCGCAGAAGAUCGUCGACAUCGUCAACAACACCCACUAA